AUGUACCUCAUCCUGAUAAAACGUGUUCGAGUAAUGCGUGUGUCCAUACGCCCACACAUCCCCCUCUCCCAAGCCCUCCACGCCCUCCCCACCCAGGAUAUCCGACUGCCACUUACUCCAGCGAUCCCCCGCCGCAUCGAGGUCCGGCCGAUUGCUAUACCUGACCGUAGGCGCAUAAUGCGUCAAGACCAGGAUCCGUCUCUGGGGAUCCUCCCUCCGGAUGCGCGCCACCUCGUCUCGGAUCCACUGCAGGCUCUCCUCGAACCGCUCAUUCUGCCGCGCCUGCGUGAACCCGACCAGGCCGGGCCGCCCGGCCUCCCCGGCGCUGGGCUGGUCGCGCCGGAGCCGGCUCCACAGCACGCACCCCAGCACGCUGAUGUUGACGUCGGCGUCCAGGAGCGCGUGCUCGUUCUGCAAGACGACCAGCCUCCCCCGCAUCCGCCCCUGCGUCGCAAAUCUCCGCAUCUGCGCGGUUCCUUCCGCGACCGGAUCCGCCACCCGGGCGCUGUUCCAGAACUCGUGAUUGCCGCCGACGUAGAAGACCCUUUUGAAUUUUCCGCACUGCAUACGGUACCGCCGGUCCGCGCGAGCGGGGACGACGAACGAGGAGUACGUGCUGAUAUCAUCCUCGAGAUGCAAGUCCGAGAGCAGCUGGAACCGGAUCUUGCGAUUGGGGUCUCUACGAUCACUCCCACUGGCGCUCAUAGUGACGUUCGAGACGAUGCCAUUCCAGGCUUCACCGAAGGGGCGAUAAACCUUGAUAACGCAUCCACGAUCCUAAGUAAGACCGACAUUCCCCCGCAAAGGAUUUCUUAUCUUACUCCUUCCUCAUUUGCAAAAAUCAAGUUUCAGGGAACAAAAGUUGAUCGCAAUCACCGUCCUUUAUUAAUCCCACGUUUGCGUCUCCAAGAGAAUGCCGUGGCGACGGGCAGCGAGCAGCACCCAGAGUUCCAUCCAAACAGAGUGAUGUACUCCAAGGCCAAGCAGAACAGGCUGCGCGGGAGCGACAAAGUGCUCACCCCAAUCCGGAAAAACUUCCUCAAGGCCGCCUAUAUCAACUUCGCCCUUCUCCAGCUGCUGUUCCUCGGCCUCUUCGUUUACAUUUUCGGGUCAUUGUAUCAGCAGACAAGUCGCAUCCACGCCUUGAAAGUCCUGUACGUUGAUUUUGAUGGAGGAAGUAUCGGACAGGCGGUGAGGGGGGCGUACGCAAGCUUGAAAGGAGAUGGGUUCCCGACCUUGAAAGAACGUCAAGCCAGUGGCUUCGAGAUUGAUUCCCUGAGAGGAGAAGUAUGCCAGAGGCACUACUGGGCCGUGAUCUACACGUCUCCUGGUGCUUCUGACCGACUCGAGGCCGCGCUGGCAGGGAGAGGCACCUCUACGUAUGACCCAUCGGAUGUGUUGACGUAUAUCUGGAACCAGGCGCUAUAUCCAGCUGUCGUCGACUCGGCCAUCUCAUCGAAUAUCCAGAGCUUGUCGAGCGCGGCUCGAGUUCUUUAUUCCACGAAUGGGACAUUUGCGUCGGUAGACGUAUCAGAUCAGGCUGCUAUCGCUGUCUUCUCCAAUCCCUGGACGCUGGAGAGCAUCAACAUCCAACCGACAAGUCAAGGAUCCCGUCUUAUCUACAAUUCGCUUGUCAUCAUCCUCAUCUUAAUCCAAGAGUUCUUCUACCUGGGUACCAUCAAUGGACUGUACGCGCAUUUCAAGAUCUACACGAAGGUCUACCCUCACCGCAUUAUCGCAUACCGGAAUGCGAUCUCUCUGUCAUACACUCUUAUCGGCUCACUGUGCGUCACCGGAUCGAUCUGGGCAUUUAAAGCAGGCUGGGAAGUUGAUGGGAAGCAAUUCGCCCUGUCGUGGGCCAUCCUAUGGCUCUUCGCCCACCUCAACUUCCUGGCGUUGGAUCUGUUCACUGUCUGGCUGGACCCACCCUACAUCCCUAUGGCGUUGAUUACCUGGGUUAUUUUCAACGUCGCGUCGAUCCUGCUUCCAUUUGAGCUCUCGAAUGGCUUCUAUCGUUGGGGAUUUGCCAUGCCAGCACACGAAGUAUAUCAAGUGUUAAUCGAUAUCUGGUCCCGAGGCUGUAACCCACGGCUUCAUUACGCAUUACCGAUACUCUUUGUUUGGGAAAUCAUCGGCCUCUGUGGCAGCGCUUUAGGAGUGUACCGACGUUGUCACUACGCCGUCAUCGCGGAAGAAGCUGCCGAGAAGGCGUUCAGAGAUAGGGUCGACGCGGCGACCGCCUUCGAGAAGAAGCACGAUCAAGAGAGAGACGAAGCUAUGGAGAUUCGACGCGAUAUGGGCAUCCUCAAAGAAGAGUCUGGUGAGCAGAGUAGAGAUGCAGAGAUUGUUGGCGAAGAAGAGGCGGAGAGGGAGGCGAUAGAGGAAAAUAUUCGCAACGAGGAUAAUAUUUUGAGGAGGGCGCAAACCUCGGCGAGCCGGACGUAUAAUUUUGGUCCGUCGUUUGGCUUCACUUCGUAUGGGCCUGAGGAUCGAGAUGAUAAGGAUAAUGGAAGGAGGCGAGGGAGCGGUUUGACUCUGUGA